AUGGCUUGUUCAUGGAUCAACGGACCAUGUCGUACUCUGGUGGAUACGGCAGCCAAACUCGAAGCAAACAUAGGCCAGCCGGUCGAAGAUCCAACGUUGUACCGAAGCCUGGCCGGCGCUCUCCAUUACCUCACAUUCACUCGACCGGAUAUUGCUUACGCAGUACAACAGAUAUGUCUGUAUAUGCAUGAUCCACGAGAACCCCACUUCGGUGCCUUGAAACGUAUUCUACGCUACGUCAAAGGCACCAUUUCACAAGGUCUUCAUAUUACACCGUCAAAAACCACAACUCUGACGGCUUACACUGAUGCUGAUUGGGGAGGCUGUCAGAACACACGGCGUUCGACCUCAGGCUAUUGUGUGUACCUUCUAUUGUGUGUACCUUGGUGA